GUGCCGCUGAACGGCUGGUUGAUGUCCUCGCCCGAGUGAAGGCUGACAUCGUGGCCAUCCAAGAAAUGCGAAGGACGGGACUCGGACUGAGGCGAGUAGGUCCUUGUGUCAUUUACUAUAGUAGCCAUAUAUAAGAUAGUUCGCAUCAAAUCGAAGUUCUUCAACAUAUCGCUGAUUUGCGCCCACGCCUCGACGGAAUAGAAGAACAAAGUGACCAAAGAUGUCUUUUAUGAGCGUUUGGAACACACCUAUAAAAGCUGCCAUUGCCACGAUGUCAAAAUCGUGCUUGGCGACUUUAUUACCAGGGUGGGCAAAGAAGGUAUCUUUAGCACAAUGGUUUCGAAAUUCAACCUCCAUGAGGAAACCACCCCAAAUGAGUUGAGCGAGAAAAAUGGCGGAUCGACUUUGCCGGGAACCGAAAUAUUUUUAUUUAUAGUACUAGAUUCCAGCAUAAGAAAAUACAUUAAGCUACCUGGCUGUGACCGGAUCGAAAAGCCACCAACCAAAUCGAUCAUGUUUUUAACGACGGAAAACUCGUCUACAGUGUUCUAGACGUGCGUAUGCUACGAGGAUCCAACAUUGACAUCUUGAUACGCACCCGCCUUUGUGCAGCAAAACACGCACAUCAAUCAAACAUUAGGAAAGUUUGACGUAGACGUAUUUUCCGCAUACGUCUUUUCGGUUUUUUUUUUGCUACCUGUAAAUCGACACGCUCUAAUGUACAUAUGCAUUAUGUAUGUAUGUAUGUAUAUUACAUAUAUGCUGCUGGGGUUAACAUGAAAAUGUGUUAAUUCUACCAUUAAAUUUCAACAGAAGUAACAAUGAGCGCAACAACAUAGCACAACAACAACACAAUAGCAAUAUAAUAGUAACAACAAAACUGUUAAUCUACUUGUGUACGAGUGUCGUUUACACUUCGGCGCCACAAAAGCAGAUUUUUCCAACAACAACAACAGCACACAAUGAAAAGUAACAACAGCCGAAAAAACUCAUCGUUUUACUAAAAUUAUUUGCUUCAUAAAUUUGUUAAAUGGCUUUUUAAGAGUAAUGCUUGCGAACAACUGAAAAGUAAUAACAACAACAAUAGCUGCCGAAAUACCAUGCGUUCGCGCUGCACUGCCGCAAAACUUCCCCAGCAGUCGUCGAGUACGCGCACUUUUAAUUGUCAUAGAUACACAUUGGACGAGCGACACCGCCAACUUGGACUACGCGCGCGAUUUCCGACAAGAACAAGUGAAAUAUAAUUAAAAAAACAAAAACGAAAAAAAAACAGAAUUCAAAAUUCAAAAACAAUAAAAGGAACCAGAUGCCAACGGCAGAGUAGCAGAGUGCCCAGCAAUUUGAAGUGUCCGGCGAAACUUUCAGUUCGCGCUCGAAAAUUUGCGUGAAAUUAAAUGAAAUAUUUUGUGGCUUAUUAUAAAUGAGACGAAUUUCGGCAAAGCGCGUUAAAAAAUACAACAACAAUAAAUAAUAAUUACCAAACAAAAAGGGACAUAUUGACAGCAGCGUGGCUGGUGGCGUGUAAAAAACCUCAAGUGCAGAGAAGUGUUGCGGCUAUUUGGAUGAUUGAAUGACAAAAAAUAUAAAUUUCAUUUGAAUUAUACAUUAAAAACAACAAAUAACAACAUACUAAAAAAAGUACGAAAAACCAAAUGAUAUUGGAAAUUAAUUGGAAAAUCAAUUUGAAAAAUUGAAUUUCCACAACGCGCGCAAAAAAGUGGUGUCAAACCGCAAUUGAACUUAAUCAAAUUUUAUAUACGCGCAAACAAAGUGCAAUAUAAAUUAGGAAGCGGCAAUGAAUUUGACACGGCCCACAAGACCCCUGAACCCGCCUGGGCACAAGCAGGGCCGCUGGCGAAGUGGGAUCACACCAUUUGUGGCUGUUGUCGGUGUGUUGAUGCUUGUGUUGAUGUUGGGCAAUGCAAUUGCACUUCUGAUGAAAUACCAAAACAACUACAACAACUCAGUUGCCAACGUUUUAAAUUUAGAUAACGCGACUAGCAGCAACAAAGUCAGUAGUCAGUUAGCCGGCACUGAAAUUGCGAUGGUUACGAACGAAUUGACAACAACAAUUAACGCGAAAAAGGAGAUGAACAACAAUAAAAACAGCUACAACAUUUACAGCCAUGAACAACAAAAACUUUAUGAAAUUAACGCCGCAACUAAGCUUGCUGCCGACACCAUUGCCACACUUCGUCAGAAUAAUAAUAAUAGCAAUUUGCUGGCUGCUCUUGCCGUCACUCAUCUUAAAAGCUUUAAUGAUAAUAUACGCAAUCAACGCUAUGAAUUGAAUGGCCACCCAGCAGAUGAGCCGCCAAAAAUGCCGGUGGCAGCGGGUGUGGAUAUAACAACAGCAAAUGAAUCGGGCGUUAGAGCGUUGUCCAGUCUAACGGCAGCAAGGCGCGAGGAAGGCGUCGGUGCGGAGUACACACCUGUGCAACAACAGGAAAAACAACCAGGCCGUGGAAAUCACGCAAAUACCGAAUUGCUGUUACAUCGUCAAAAGCGUUAUUUGAUCUUUCCCGAAGGCAGCUCUUUUCAAAUGGUUUUUGAUCUCAUCAUCGGAAUGGUUGAUUAUACGAGUUAUCUCAUUUUGGGCAUCACUUGCGCCGUCGCCUGGGAACUGCCGAGUAAACCGCCCAGUGAAUUAAUCGAAGAAUUACAUGACAAAGUAACGGAAGGCAUUUACCCGCCGAGUGAAACAAAACCAGCAACGGAGGCAACAGCAAUGCGACGCAAUGACAGCACCGUGGUCGGUGAUGGUAUGGCGAUCAGUAAAUACGGCGUUGACGCUGAUAGCAUCAAAUAUGUGGAUAAUUCAAAUGUGCCAGCGUACUACGAUAACUUAGUGCAGAAGCCGAUAGGCACAGCAGGAUUGCUACAACCACCACAAACGCACGAGUUGCCACCUUUUAAUGCCUUUGAAACGGCACAUCAAACCAAACUCUUUCCUGUGCCCGCUACCAGUUACAGUGGCUACCAUAAAGAGACGCCUAGUACCCGUGGUGACAUUGUCAACGGUGCUUAUAGGCCGAUAAACUAUUACGCCAACAUACAAAGUGACUACAAAAACAGCAACGGCAACAACAAGUAUUACAACCCUACGCACAAAUACGGUUUUGCUGAUAAAAUUGCGAAGUCAAGUUACCAUGGUGUCAGCGACAGCUACAACAAAAACCCCUUUGGCAAUACAGCUGAGGGUGAUUCAACAGAUAAACUUCCAGUGAAUGCCGCCAAUCGGUGGCAGCAACAUCAGCAGCCACAGUACAAAAAGUGGCAAUCAUGGCAGGAUUAUGACAGCAACUGGCUGUCAUAUCAGCAGCCACAGCAAAAGCAUGCGAAAUGGGCACAACAGCAACAACAAUGGCAACAGCAGCAGCAAAAAUGGUCAGCUCAGUCGAAAAAUGUGCCGAAGGACAAUUGGUGGUCGCGCAACAAGCAACAAGUCACGGACAGUUGGCGCAUAAAGCAAGCCGAUGGCUUGGCUAACCGGAUGCGCAUGCCUUCUGCUCCAAUACCAACACGUCCGCCUGUGCUGACCCACGCACCGCCUAGUACCUAUCCAAAACAAUCGGAACCUACAAUCAGCUCGAACGCCGAAACACUGGAAGGUCGCAGCUUUGAUGGAGCUCAACGCCGCCUCCUCACAACACACCCAAAAGCCGUAGUUUACCCAGUUUUCGGGCGUCGACGUCGUAGGCGAAGCAGCAUGCUUGCAGAAUUAGAUGACUUCGAGCAUAAGCUGGAGCGUAUACACUUGCGUGAGCAACUCCGUACGCGGCAAAAGCUUUAUGGCAAAAUUGAGAAACUCUAUGAAACCCGCGGCAUGAACGGCAGCGCUUGUGUGUUGCGUGCGCUUUGCGAAACUGGACAGCAGCAACAAAGCAACGAAGAGAACGCAGCAAAACCACAAAGUUUCAUCACGGAACUAUUGCGCGCCAUUUUCGUGUUGCCCACAACUGGUGCAAGUGCAGGAGUUGGUGCCGGCACAGUGAGCUUCGAAGAGCCCGCACUCCAUGCGACCGAUUUACACAUCAUUGAUCGCCCAUACAGGGAGGCGCUGGCGCAUCGCGGCAGCUGUUCGCAACUUUUUGCCAUGUGUGAGCACAGCAUCUGGGAGUGAAGUGGCAGCAUAAUAAAUGAUGAAAAACAAAUAUGAAGAUGUGAAAUACAAAAAUAAAAAAAAAUGUUACCAAACUGUCAAACGGUGGAGUUUCUUUAACUAGAAUUGUUUUCGCUAUGCAAUGGAAUUUUUUGCGCCAAAUAAAAGUUCCAGUCUGGCGUUUUUUCUGCUCUUUCUCUUUUGAUGUAAUAAAUAUCAUCCGAUUUUUUUUAAUUUUAUUCAUUUUUACGCAAUGAUUGUCCAAACAUUCCCCAUGGUAACCUUUAAGGUCUUAAAUAUUAAAUAAUUCUAAACUGCAAAUUCAAUAUUUUCAAUUCCUCUAGAGAUAGGAGUCUUUGAUCGCACUGAAUGUUGUCCCCAUCCCAUUGCAGUAAAAUUUAAAGAGAAUA